AUGGCCCCUGGCGGGGACAUCCUGAUGCACACGCACCCAGGCACCUCAGAGGUCCUCAUCGUCCUCCAAGGGCCGAUUUGUGAUAGGUUCAUCUCGUCGUCGGCGAACACCGUCUACUUGAAGAACCUCAAAAAAGGGGAUAGCAUGAUUUUCCCUCAGGGGCUAUUGCACUUCCAAUUGAAUGCUGGUAAAGGUCCAGCACUUGCCAUAGUCAGCUUUGUUGGGACAUGCUUCAGCAGUCCGAGCCCUGGGCUUCAAAUCUUGGACUUUGCUCUGUUCGCUAAUAAUUUCCCUUCUGAGUUGGUAGAAGCCACGACUUUCCUUGAUGAUGCUCAGUUUAAGAAGCUUAAGGGUGUUCUCGGUGGCACUGGCUAA